AACAAUCUCAUCUGGAGACCCCCACCCAAAAAAAAUAGCAUCAGUGCUUCCUUUUAGAACAAGACAGAAAAGCACAUAUAUCAUUUUAAAGAAGCUGAGCUUUGGACUGGUCGAGAGAGGAGAUGGUGGGGAAGAGCCCCUUUCUUACUGAGCGUAUGUUGGCUCGUUUUGUCACUCAUAAUUGGAAAAAGCUCUGUUGCCCUCCUUCUGCCUAGGUGUUCCCUGCAUAACUUGGGUUCCAGUAAAAGCGCCGAAUGCAUGCAGUAUAAGAAGUCCUCCCUUCACUCUAUCUUUUCAAUCACAAAGUAUGUUGAUUCACUAAAGUCCAGACUUUUUGCUGGCACCACCUUGACCUCCGCUGCCCUACCUUUGCCUCUCACGAUCGCCUCCAUAAAAGCCACAGAAAGACUUUUUCACACGUUGACAUCAAGCACCCACACACUCGUUGGGCAGUGGUCUGCUAACAGCCCAGAGCCUUGGUCUGCCUCCACGCCAGGCUGCACUGUCAGAGCCCGCUCCUUCCUGCUACACUCCAGCAUUCCUCAUAGCUGGAGGAAGUUAUCUGCAGGCCAACUGAGAAGACAACAUCGCUCCUCUCCUGCCUCCGUGGAAUGUGCCCCGGUCCGUAGAGAUGCUGUCAUCAAAUAUGGGCACAAUCUGAAGUGCUGUGGGUUAGAACUUCAACAGAUGAACUGGGGGAUGACACCCAAGUCAGCCUGUAGCAACAGCAGUUUCAAUGGGGGUGCCUCGACUCCAGAGGCAGCCCUUGGAGUGGAAGCGGCCACGUGUAACAGCAGCUGCCAAAUCACGUGGAAGGGUGGGUCUUUUAUUUGCAUGUUUUCCUUUAAGCCUGUUGUCUUCAUCAAUCAAACUCUUAUUCAACACUAUGCUUAAGCCUCUGCCUCUCCUCGAGACUUAAUGAGUUCAAUAAGCCCAUACUAAUUCUUCAGAGUAGCGCAGUUCUUAAAUGUUGGUUGGCUUAUUCAAUCGGUCCAAAGUCCAUUUUCGUGUCCUGUUGGAUUCUCCCUAGUUCCAGGGUCCUUCACUAAAAUCUGUCAGUAUUUAUUCGACUUUGAUGGUGUGCUCAUAAUCCUUCUUCUUUCCAUAAACUCAACAUUUCUUAUGAAUAAUUUAAAAAUUUUGUUUCCAAUUCUUCAUGACAUGCCUUCAUGGGUGAAAUACAGAAUGCUCACGCCAUGCAUGCAAUGACUAUAGCUUAUGAAAGACUGGAUUUGUAUUAAUAUCCACCAGGUCAGAAAAUAUCUCAUGUUCUGAAUGAGGAAGGAAAACCAGAGAAACAUCACAGAGUCAAUUGAUUUUAGAAACAGUGGUGAAGAUAAAAAUCCAAGAAUAACUUAGAAUAAGUUGAAAGGAAAUUGUGAAAAAUUACUUCCCCAAACCUGGGAUAAGGAGAAGGAGGCGGCAGAGGAUGAGAUAAGUUAGAUAGCAUCACCCAGCUCAAUGGACAUGAAUUUGGGCAAA